AUGCUUCUAGCAGAGGAGCCCGCGACGCUCAUCCGUCACACAAUCGACAACUUCAACAUCCAACCGGACAAGCAGGCCGUCGCGCGCAUCAAUGAGUCCCUCUCGACCCUCCAGCAGGCCCGCGAGCUGCGCCUCCGCGAGGCCGAAAAUGCACUCAAGAAACUCUCGCGCCAGCUCAACACAAUGUCGUCCCAGCACGCCGAGCUCACCUCGCAGCACUCGUCGACGGCGCACGCGUCCGAGAUCGCGCGCCUCGACACGACAAAGUUCCGCACCGCCAAGGCCGCCUCGGACGCCGAGAUGGAGACGGAACGGCUCGCCCAGCAGGCCGCCGACCUCGCCGCGCGGCUGCAGGAGCUCGAGAUCCAGGGGCUCGACGGCUCCGCCGACGACCAGGCCCGCCGCCGCGACCCCGUCGACGACGAGGUCCUCCUCCGCCUCAAGGUCUACCGCAGCCUCGGCAUCGAGAUCGAGCGCGACGGCCGCGACGGCGAGUUCAGCCGCGCCGUCGUCCGCAACGACCGCAAGGGCGACGUCCACGUCGUCAACAUGGACAAGAAGUUUUCAAAGUUCUUUUACGCAAACUACUUUUGGCAGACGUUGUAG